GUUUCAGGCGUUGCUCAUACAACAGAUAAUAGGGACGAUGGGAAUGAUCAACCCUGCGAGCCCGAAGUUUUUAGGCGGCUGAGCACGCAUCGUCGUCAAAGUUCUUUGGCCUUGGGCAUCUCAGACAUGUGCAACCAAGCGCAGCAAGAUCAUAUUGUUCUCCUCGUUGAUACCCCCUUCUUUGAGAACCUGCCCGCCUGGGUCACCGACAACUUCACCGUAACUACGGGAGGCUACCACGAUGGCCAGCCGUCUCGCAACAAGUUGGUGAUCUUCGAGGAUGGUAGCUACCUGGAGUUCUUCAACUGGUACGACACGCCACCGUCCCUCGACAAGGAGAACCUCCUCAUGAGAUUCUGGGGGCCUAAGCCCCCUGGACUGAUUGACUUUGCCAUCACACCGAUACGACCCACUCUGCCGAAGAAUCGGUCGGAGCGGUCAACGAACGCUUGUCCGAGGGGCCCGAGAAGGACGCCGGUCUCGAUCAAGUGGAAGGUGACACGACCCGAGUUCUCCCAGGGUGCCAAGACCCCCGUCGCAGAGCUCUUCGCCAAUGGCAGAAUCGACGUCCCGUUCUUCUGUCAUGACGUCACCCCGCGGACCGACAGGGUCCCGUACAAGGACGAGAAGAAGACGACGCAUCCUUGCGGUGCCGUUGGCAUCGCAGCCUGCGAGAUUCUCGUGCCAAAGCAUCUGCACGCCGAAUAUGCCCGCGUCUAUUCCAAGAUUCUGGGCUCCAGCAUCCAGUUUGCUGCCAGGCAGAACUCGCAUAUCCUCAACAUUGGUGUGCCCGAGGGACCUAUCCGUUCCAUCGUGGUAGUGCGUGCUGCCGAGACCGAGCGCGACGUGAAGCGCAUGCAGGAGAGGGGGAUUGGCUUCUCGGACCUUGUCAUCGCCAUCAAGCCCAAUGGCCCCGGCGGCGAGGCGAGGCGCCAGUUGGGCUCCACGGGCAUUGAGUCAACAAUCUGGCUGGAGACAUCCAAGGGGGAGUGAGCAGAACGCUGGCGAGGAUUUGCGGAUAGUCGUGUGUUAUUGCAUUUAGCUAGCUUGUUAAUUUUUCUCAUUUAGAAAUAGGUAGUUACCAUAAAAUUGGCUCCCAG